AGUAACCUAAACAACAUUCAACUUUUUAUUUGUUCAUCGGAGAAACAGUUUCUUGUUCUUCUUGAUUUGAAAAAAAAGAGAUCGAACAUAUGGCAGAUAUAUGUUACGAAGUUGUGACCGAUGCGUCGGCGUAUGAAUCAAGACCGUUACAUUCAGGGAGGAGGCAGAGGUUUCCGAUGGAUAAGACGGUGGUGAUGCAAGAAGAAUGGGAGAAGAAAAACUUUAAGCGUAAUAAACUGGAGGCUUUAACGGUGAGAAAUGAGAACGUCUCCGGUGAGUCUCCGGUGACGGAGGCAAGUCCGAGAUACGGCGUUUCUUUGGUGUGUGGUAGAAGAAGAGAGAUGGAAGAUGCGGUGGCGAUUCAUCCUUCGUUUUCUUCUCAUUCGGAGUAUCCCCAACACUACUUCGGUGUCUACGACGGUCACGGUUGUUCCCACGUUGCAGCGAGGUGUAGGGAGAGACUUCACAAGCUGGUGCAAGAGGAGCUGCACUCUGACAGGGAAGAAGAGGAGCACGAGUGGAGAAAGACCAUGGAGCGUAGCUUCACUCGCAUGGAUAAAGAGGUUGUGUUGUUGAGUGAAUCAGUAGUGAGUGCGAAUUGUAAAUGUGAGCUUCAAACGCCGGAUUGUGAUGCUGUCGGAUCAACCGCCGUCGUGUCUAUCAUUACGCCGGAUAAGAUCGUCGUUGCUAACUGUGGCGAUUCCAGAGCAGUUCUCUGCCGGAAUGGAAAACCAUUCCCUCUAUCGACAGAUCACAAGCCUGACCGUCCAGACGAGUUGGACCGAAUCGAAGGAGCAGGAGGACGAGUCAUAUACUGGGACUGUCCGAGAGUUCUAGGAGUCUUAGCGAUGUCACGCGCCAUAGGAGACAACUAUUUGAAACCUUACGUGACUUGUGAGCCGGAGGUAACGGUAACAGACAGGACGGACGACGACUGCCUUAUUCUAGCCAGCGACGGUUUAUGGGAUGUUGUGUCAAACGAGACAGCCUGCUCUGUGGCGCGUAUGUGUCUCAGUGGUGGUCGGAAACGGCGACGUACUCCGGAACAAGCGGUGGAGACUAUCUCGGACAAAGCGUGCAUGGAGGCGUCAGUAUUGCUGACGAAGCUGGCGUUGGCGAGACACAGUAGUGACAACGUGAGUGUCGUUGUGAUUGAUCUCAGAAGGAAAGGACACGUCACUGGACACUAAUCCUUUUACUACUUGACAACUCCCAUCGAAGACGGCAGCUUUAACUUCCCCUUUUUUCAGUUCUUUUUGGUUGUUCUUGGAAUGAGUGAUGGAAUGCAGCAAAUUCUCGGUUUUAUGACAAAAGGGUUAGUAGUUUAUAGGGGAUGAGUAGCUUUUUCUUCUCAUUCCUGAAAGUCUUUUCGGUAAUAGUAAUUAAAUUGAAGAAAACCAAAUGUUUCUCACACGGAUUAUAAUUAAUUCAAGUUUCAUGUAAAAAAUAUUUUGCUACCAACAACAUGUUUACCG